AUGCCCCAGUUAGAUACAUCAACAUGAUUCACCACUAUUAUGACGAUGCUUCCCACACUAUAUCUUAUCAUGCAGCUAAAGCUACUAAACACAAAUCACCACCAACCACCCCUUACAAAAACCCCCACCCUUCAGUCUCACAAUGUCCGCUGACAACCAAAAUGAACGAAAACUUGUUUACCCCUUUCUCAGCCCCAACAAUUCUAA